AUGAAGCGGGCAACCAAGAUUCUAUGUUUUACAGUAUUCAUGUUCCUCUCAAAGCCUCUUCACUGUUAUAUUAGUGAAUCUGUUGUUGUAAAACAACUGCUGGUUGCAGUCAUCAAAGACCAGUCUUUUCAAACCACUAAUUAUGCCUCAGCCACAGCUCACGAGCAGAGCAUUUCAGUGAGCAAUCCAAUUUGGAAUACGGAAACGGUCACUGCAGUUCUAAGGUUCAUUCCAAGAUUCUUCUUUCACUCCCCAAGAUCGAUUGGCAGCCAAAAGGGAUUUCGCCAUCGCGCUCCGCUCAAGCAGAGGCGUCUGAAAGAUGAAUAUUUGAAAGCGCCGAACUGGUAA